CCGGAGAUGAUACCAAAACGAAAACAAGAAUAACAUCAUGCUCCUGACAUUGUAAAAAUUGAUGGAACAGUUUUUAUUACAUUCUCAAUGGAGGAGACAUCGAGUUCAUUUACUAGUGAGCGCGAAAGUUUACAGGAAUCGGCGGAAUAUUCAGAAGAAAAGACAACACAUUCAUAUGCCUUUUUACCGAAGUUUGAUGAAAGAAGAAGGCAUCCGUUUAGAGGCAGUAUAAAAUUACCGCUGGUAUUUACAGGACGUAACCGUGACCCACGCACAGGGUUAGUGCAUCCAUUUUCAGAAAAAGGAGAGUACCCAUGUUCAGGAGGUAUACGUAUAAAUAAGGAUGGACUUCCAGAAAGUUUACAUGAAUCCGCGGAAUACUCAGAAGAAAAGACAACACAUUCAUAUGCCUUUUUACCGAAGUUUAAUGAAAUUUUACAGGAAUCGGCGGAAUAUUCAG